AUGCAGGCGUGCGGCGGCGGUGCGGCGGGACGCCGGGCCUUCGACAGCAUCUGCCCCAACCGAAUGCUCGAGCUGCCCGGCCGGCCCCUGGGCAAGCCCGGGAAGUUGGAGAGGAAGUUCGCUCCUCCGCGGAAGUUCUUCCCUCCGGGUAGCAGCGGCAGCCCGGUAUCCGUGUACGAAGAUCCCACGCAUGCGGAGCCUGCUGAGCUCCCAGCCCUCACCACCAUAGACCUGCAGGACCUCGCAGACUGCUCCUCGCUACUCGGGUCCGAGGCUCCGCCUAGUGGUAACCUCGCCGCCUUGCAGAACCAUUCACUGGAACCAGAACCGGAUUUUGUCGAUCUGCAGGAUUUCAGAGACACGGUGGACGAUCUAAUUGCAGACUCGUCCUCUUUAAUGUCACCCCCCUUGGCCGGCGGAGACUUCCCUUUCUCGCCCUGUGAUGUGUCGCCGUUCGGAGCCAGCCUCUCUCCGCAGACAGACCUGCGGACUCUGCACUCGCCGCCGCUGCGCCCUCCAGACGUGACCCAACCCGAGCAGUACUGGAAGGAGGUGGCGAACCAGAAUCAGAGGGCGUUGGGGGACGCGCUCGUGGAAAAUAACCAACUGCACGUGACGCUGACCCAGAAGCAGGAGGAGAUUGCCUCGCUUAAAGAGCGGAACGUGCAAUUGAAGGAACUAGCCAGCCGGACCCGGCACUUGGCCUCAGUACUGGAUAAACUGAUGAUUACUCAGUCCCGGGAAUGCCGGGCGGCAGCAGAGCCUUUCAUGCUCAAGGCGACGGCCAAAAGGAGUCUAGAGGAGCUGUUCAGCGUUGCUGGCCAGGAUUGCGCCGAAGUGGACGCCAUCCUGAGAGAAAUUUCCGAGCGCUGUGAUGAAGCCCUGCAGAACCACGACCCUAAGCGGCCCCGGCUGCAGCCAGAGCCCGCGAACACGGACGGCAGGCCCGGGAAUUUGCACGGGGCCUUUCGGGGGCUGCGUACUGACUGCAGCCAGCGCGCGCUGAACCUGAGCCACAGCGAGCUGGAGGAGGGCGGCUCUUUCAGUACUCCCAUCCGCAGUCACAGCACCAUCCGUACGCUCGCCUUCCCCCAGGGCAAAGCUUUCACCAUUCGGACAGCCAAUGGGGGUUACAAAUUCCGCUGGGUACCCAGUUGA